UCCAGCUGCACGCGGUGACAACAGUUGUUCGCUUUACGCAUCCAUUCAAUUCCCAUUUUUACGCACAGACAGUCAUGGUUUUUACGCACAGGUGAAUUUAUUACGCACCUCGAACACAAGGAGAAGUGUUGGACUGACAGAACAUAAAAAAACAUCUCGUGUAUUUUAAACUCUCCUCCUGAUUUGUCUCGCUGAAUUGCUUGGAGUUGCUUCCACAGUCAUGUCCAGGAAGAAGGCAGUGAAAGGCAAAGGGAGCUCCAAGAGCCCCAAAGCGUCUCCGAUCAGCGGGAGGUCUGGCAGAGGUCUGGCCGCCGCAGCAGCUCCUUCCUCCGCACUGGUGUAUCCCAGCAGACCCUCCAUCAGCAACAGCGGGGAGUUCUACGAUAUAGCCUUCAAGGUGAUGCUGGUGGGGGACUCAGGUGUUGGGAAGACCUGUCUGCUGGUCCGCUUCAAAGAUGGAGCCUUUCUAGCCGGCAGCUUCAUCUCCACUGUGGGCAUCGACUUCAGGAAUAAAGUGAUGAACAUUGAUGCUGUGAAGGUCAAACUGCAGAUUUGGGACACCGCGGGACAGGAGCGUUUCCGGAGCGUCACACACGCGUACUACCGCGAUGCUAACGCUCUGCUUCUUCUCUAUGACGUUACCAACAAAGCAUCCUUCGACAACAUCCGG